AUGAAUUCUCCAAGUGAUUCAAUUGAUGACAUUAUAAGUCUUUUAAAAAAACAUUAUCAUCCAAACAGCAAUUAAGAACAGUAAUGUAAAGUUUAGAAAUAAAUAGUAAAUCAGCUUAAUAAAAUUACAGAUAGAAACCAAGUACUGGAAAUGCUUUGUUUCCUUAAAUAAAAGUAAGAUUGUUAAUAAAUUUUAUAAAAGUAAUAAUUAAAUGUGUUGAAUGGAAUUCGAAAUACUUAUAAUAAUGGUUAAGAUAAAUAUAGAAGAAAGGCUGUGAGUUUAAAUAGAUAGCAAUAAUAAGCAAAAACUUAAAUAAAAGAUAAUAGUUGUUAUUUGAGUCCAAUGAUAAGAUGUUUAACAUUUAAACCAUAUUCAGGAAGUAAUGAAAUAAUAAUAAAUGUAUGAA